AAAAUAAUGGUGCUUUUGCCUAAAGAAAUCAUCCUAUAAGAAUGUGCAGCAGCAGCAGCAAGCAGAGAAUUGAAAUGGAGGAUUCUGUUAAAGAUGCAACCGACCAACAGAAGAAGAUGAUUGUGUCAUGGGAUGAAAUGAUAGAGAAGGGUUUGGGGAACUUUGGAUGGACACAGUUCCUUCAAUGCAUCCUCGUCUCAGUCGCAAUGUUCUUCGAUUCACAGCAAUUAUUCAUAGGAGUCUACACUGACGAUUACCCGACAUGGCACUGCACCAACCACACGACAACAUGCACCUCAAAUUCCGACAUCUGCAAGCUCCAAAAGUCUUCAUGGGAAUGGGAUGGACCCUCUUCCAAGACAAUCAUUUCACAGUUUGGCCUUCAAUGUGCCAGCAGCUUCAUCACAGGUUUACCCCAAUCCUCCUUCUUCUUCGGUUGCCUUCUCGGUUCCUUUCUUCUUGCCACCAUGGCCGACACAUCUCUCGGAAGAAAGAACAUGAUCAUUCUCUCUUGUUUAUCAAUGUCCGUAAUUUCAAUCGUCAUCAUCUUCUCCACCAACGUUUGGAUAUACUCAGCCUUAAAAUUUCUCAUUGGGUUCUGUCGAUCGUCCAUCUCAACAUGUUGCCUGGUGUUACUGACGGAGAAAGUGAGCACCGAGUGGAGGUUCACGGUGGGGAUUAUAGAGUUUGUUUUCUUCACAUCAGGGUACAUGUUCUUGCCAGGUGUGGCUUAUGCCAACAGAAAUUCUCCAUGGAAAUAUCUUUACGUGUGGAUUUCUGUUCCUGCUAUUUCAUACUCUUUCAUUGCUUAUCUUUUCGUCACCGAGUCUCCAAGGUGGCUUCUCAUGCAAGGUCGAGUCAAAGAAGCAAUGGAAAUGCUGAAAGGAGUUAAUGAAAACGCUGCAAAUUUAAAUCCACCAGCAAAAGAAAAAAGGGUUUCAUUUUGUCAAGUCUACUCAUCGAUAGCAGUGUUGUUAAGAACAAGUUGGGCUCCAAAACGGAUGGUGGGAGUUAUGGGGUUAGGUCUUGGCAUUGGAAUGGUGUACUUUGGGAUGCCAUUAGCAGUGGGAAACUUGAACUACAACAUAUACCUUGCAGUUGGGUUGAAUGCGUUGAUGGAAAUACCGUCUUGCGUGGUGACCUAUUUCUUGGGAAACUGCGGGAGAAAGUUAUCGAUUCUUGUGUUCUCAGUAGGAAGUGGGAUAUGUUGCAUAGUGUGUGUGGUGAUAGGCAGUGAAGGUGUUAAGGUGGGGUUUGCAGUGGCAUCGUUUUUCUGUGCAUGCACUGCUUUUAACGUGUUUCUGAUAUUCAUGGUGGAGCUGUUUCCGACAUGCGUGAGGAACACUGCAGCAUCGGUUGCGAGACAGGCUGUGGUGUUUGGGUGCAUGUUCAGUCCGUUUCUGAUAUCUGCUGGGAGAAAGAACAAGGUUUUCUCUUAUGGCGUGUUUGGAGUGGUUAUAAUCUCCUCCACUUUGACGUUGUUGGGUUUGCCAGAGACAAGAGGAAUGCCUCUUUCUGACACCAUGGAUCAACAGCAGAACAAAGAAGGAAACUUGCCACUCUGAAAUGGAAAUUCUUUCUGCUUUUCUCAACUUCCCACCUCCACUGUCAAACAUUUAACUUAGAAAAUCGAACAAUUUCAUUAUUAAAAUUCUGUGUUUAGUUGUAAUCGUGAGGGUUGUUAAUUUUCCUUUU